GGUGACUGGGAUGCAAUUGGAGAGAAGAGUUGGGGAUCGGCCGUGCUAGCGGGCGUAUACCGGGAGCUGUGUACUUGCUCGAAGGUUGGGGCAAAGCAAGCUGGUGCUGCGAUGUUCAUCCUGCAACUGUGGGUAUGGGAGCAUCUACCGAUGUUCGCACCUGCCGACCCACGUCCAUACCGGAGAAACGAUGAUGAACUCAACUUUCUGCAAAAUCUCCCCUACGGUGUCAAGUGGAUAGGAGCAAAUACGAAUGACCAUCAACCUGAGCAUUCGUUAUUGUUUUAUCGUUCUGAGUUAGAUAAACCAUGG